AUGGGUAGAGUUAGAACUAAGACCGUCAAGAGAGCCUCCAAGGUUUUAAUUGAAAAGUACUAUCCAAAGUUAACUCAAGACUUUGAAACCAACAAGAGAUUAACCUCUGAAAUUGCAGAAAUUCAAUCCAAGAGAUUAAGAAACAAGAUUGCUGGUUACACUACCCACUUAAUGAAGAGAAUUCAAAAGGGUCCAGUUAGAGGUAUUUCUUUCAAGUUACAAGAAGAGGAAAGAGAAAGAAAGGAUCAAUACGUUCCAAAGGUUUCUGCUUUAGACUUAGAAAAGAACAAGGGUGCUUUAUACGUCGACGAAGAUACCGAUGCUAUGAUCAAGUCUUUAGGUUUCAAGGUCCCAACCAACAUUGUUGCUGUCUCCUCUGGUGCUCAAAGAAGAUACAGAAAGUAA